AUGGAUCGUCGUGACAGCGACAAGAAAGCGGGCGGGUCUGUCGAUUACGUUGAAAGAGACGGAUCCGCCAACUUGACACUAUGGCAGUCGGUAAAGCGUUACAAGAAUGUUGUCUGGUGUUGCAUUGGCUUGACCACGACCAUUUUGUUGUUUGGCUACGACUAUGUCAUCGUUGGCACUACGUCUGCCAUGCCGAGCUUCCAACGAGACUUUGGACGCAGGCUUGAUGGGCAUUGGAUUCUGCCCUCAUUGUGGCUGGGCCUGUGGACGUUUGCAAGUCCAGGAGGGUCCAUUAUCGGCGCCUUCUGCGGCGGUCAAAUUCAGGAUUCGGUGGGACGCAGAGCCUCCAUUGCUGUCGGAUGCUUCUUGUCAACCAUUGCAGUUGCUAUAUGCUAUGUCUCGUACGUGCCGUCCGACAUUGACACCCGACGCGGCGUCUUCUUGGCGGGCAAGGCGUUUCAAGGACUUGCCAUUGGGAUUGUCACGACAACAACGCAGACGUACAUGUCCGAGGUUCUGCCCCCGAGUCUUCGAGGACCGAUCUUGGCCUUCUUCCCCAUGUUUACUCUGCUAGGUCAGUUGAUUGGGGCUGCCGUUAUUUUCGGAUGCAUGGAAAUGCCCAAUGGAUACGCCGUUUGCUUUGCAUCACAGUGGCCCUUCUCCAUCGUGCCGGUGAUUGUGGCAUUCUUCAUCCCCGAGAGCCCAACUUACCUUGUUCGCAAGGGCAAGAUGGCCCAAGCACUGAAAUCCCAGCAAUACCUUGAGCCCGUGGGCGGAGAUGCCCAACAGACUGUCGAUGUUAUCCGACGAAACAUCGAGCACGAACGAAGGAUGACGCAGGCGACUUAUAUUGACUGCUUCAAGCGCGCCAACUUGAGGAGGACCUUGAUCGUCAUGUUGGCUGGGGCGUUGCCGCAAGUCUUUGGCCUCGCCUUGCUGGCCAAGGCUAGCUAUUUUGCCCAGGUGGUCGGCAUCUCGGCAAACAUGAGUGUUGUUCUGUUAAUCGUAGGCAUUGUUUGCGGCCUUCUGGCCAACACAGCCAGUAUAUGGGUUCUGCACCACGUGGGACGCCGCCGCCUCAUUCUUUGUGGUCUGUUGGGAGUCUCCUUUCUGUGGCUUACCAUGGGCAUUUCCGGCAUAUGGGACCAACAGCCGACCAUCAUAUAUACCGCAUUCAGCAUGACUGCAAUUAUUGUCGUAGCUGGUCUCAGCGUAUGGCCGGCCUCGUAUGCGGUUGGUGCAGAAACGUCGUCUCUGCACUUGCGAGGCAAGUCGCAGGGUAUUGGGUGGCUGACGGCUGGUGCGUCUGCGUCCCUUUUUGGCUUCUUUACGCCUUACCUUUACAAUGCCGACGCGGCCAACCUCAAGUCCAAGAUUGGCUUCAUCUUUGCCGGCCUGUGUGCGGUUGCAGGUGUACUGUCGUACUUUUAUGUUCCGGAGAUGAAAGGCCGCACGCCGGCAGAAAUUGAUGCCAUGUUUGAAGCCAAGCUUCCGGCCAAGGAAUUCAAAACUUGGACUGCUCCAUCUUCAAAUAGUUCGCAGACUGCGGGAGAGAGGAAAGAAGAAGAAGAAGCAUGA